AUGGCGAAUUUGUUUUCCCGGAAGACCGAGAUUGAAAACUGUACAGAGGUGGUUCUUGAGAUAAGAGAGGUCGAGAGAGGUGAUGAAUCGGGGGGCACGCUAUUUGCUACGAUGCAACCUAAGGAUCGCAAGGUGAUAAAAGCCAAGACAUUCCUAGAUCGUAGUUCUUAUGAUGGUGUUCCCAGAACCGUUCAUGUCAGCGCAACAACUGCUAAAGGUACCAAGACAACGAUGUUCCUUCCAGCACAGUUUUUCGCUGCCCACGAACGAGUCAUCUUUAAGCUAGACGGGGAAAAACUGGUGGCGGCGGAGCAGAAACAAUCCCCAGAAUCCUCAUCAUCAUCAGGUAAAUGA